GAAUAGCCGUUGAAUUUUCAUGUGAGUUGAUCUGGUUAAAUGAUCAGCGUUUCGAUCGAGAGAUCAUUCUGUGGAACGCUAUAUUCAAUUGUUAUGACGAUAUGUGACUAUGAGGCGGACUAAAGCAGAUGUGGAACGCUAUAUUCAAUCCGUUCAGAAUGCUUCUCCGUCUCAGAAAGAGAGGCCGGUCAAAGGGUUUCUGUUUGCAAAAUUAUACUUUGAAGCUAAGGAAUAUGAACUUGCCAAAAGACGCGUUUCCGAGUAUUUAAAAGUACAGCCAAAGGAUCCCAAAGCACACAAGUUUCUUGGGCAACUAUAUGAGCGUGAUGGUGAACUAGACAAAGCUGUGGGAUGUUACAAGCGUUCAGUGGAUCUGAAUCCAGCCCAGCAAGACCUGGUUCUGAAAGUGGCUGAGCUGCUCUGUAAUAUGCCUGAACGUGACGGCCCAGCCGAGUACUGGGUGCAAAAGGCUGCCAAUCUUCUUCCAGGACAUCCAGCUGUUUUUGAUCUAAGGGAGAAACUUCUGAGUGCUCAGGGCCAGAAGGGCUUCGAUCAGCUGUACAAUCUGAUAUUUUCUGAACUGAGGCUGCGUCCCCAUGAUGCCCAUGUUAACAUCAGAUUAAUCCAGCUUUACGACUCGGACGGUCGCUAUGAGGAGGCAGUCAAACACUGUCUCGCUGUUGAGAAAGCUGGAGGUCUCAGAGACAGUCUGGACUGGUACAAGGUUGUUGUCAGAACCCUUCAGGAAUAUCUUCGGCAACCGAGCGUGUCAAAUAACAAGCAGGCGUCCCGUAAGUUUCAGAAAGAGCUUUUGUUGGCACACUGCAAUCUGCUGAGACUCACGCUGGGAGUGAAGAACAGUCAGGAGAGCGCUGAUGCUCUCUGCAUUUUUGAUCGUGAAAUGCAGUCUUUGAAGAAUACGGCCACAAACACUGUAGAUGAGCUGUCAGAGGUGUUCACAGAGAUGAGAGCUCACUUGUACCUGUACGCUGGAACUCUGCUUAUGAAGAUGUUUCAUGAAAAACUGCUGCAGUGGAGGGCCGUGCGUGAUCUAGCAGCGUUGUGUUAUCUGAUUGCCUGUCAGGCUCCAAGACCCAAAACGAAGGGUUUUAAAGGUGACCAUGUGACCCAUCAUCCUCUGGAGUUGUUAGCCUCUGAUCGACAAAGCCAGGCGGGUCACAUGCUGUUGAAUUUGAGCCAGGACGCUGCACAUCUUGUGAAUGAAGUGGUAGAAACGUUCGGGAAUAAGAUCGGGCAGAACGAUCUUCUCCAGAAGCUCUUCGGUUCACUGGCACAGGAACGCCUGUCUUUCAUCAGCAACGAUGAUAUUCACAACAUCAGCGCACAGGUGCCGGGCAUCACAGAUCUUCAAAAGUGGGACAAUGAUUCAGUGUUGUUGCACGGCGGGGCUCUUCAGCACCUGACAUGGCUGGGCCUGCAGUGGGCUCUGAUGGGUCACAGGGUGUCUCUGCAGGACUGGAUCAAACCACUGUUUCCACGUCUUACACUUGAGACCUCCAAACUGGACAUCAACACCCCCGAAUCUCUUUGUCUGCUGGACCUGGAGGUGUUUUUGUGUGGUGUUGUGUUUACAAGUCACACUCAAAUGCAAGAGACUGCAAAGAUCAGUGCAAGUUCACAAUCACUUGAGCCCAGAUGUUUGCCCAUGCACAUCAUGAAGCUCCUGUCAUCAGAGAAACAGAGACAAUGGUGGGACGCCGUCUACAGUCUGAUUCAAAAUAAAACGCAGCCAGGUAUGUCAGCUAAACUACGACUGGUUGUUCAGCAUGGUCUGAGCACGCUGCGUGCUGGAGAGAAACACGGUCUUCAACCAGCACUGCUCAUACACUGGGCCCAGCAUCUAACACACAUGGGUGAAAGGACGAACUCUUACUAUGAUCAGAAAGAGUAUGCUGGCCGUAGUGUGCACUACUGGAAAGUUGUGCUUCCGCUGCUUGAGAAAAUCAAAAAGAGACGGGGCAUCCCGGAGCCUCUGGAGCCCAUGUUCCCACACUUCCAAAGUAAAGACAUACAGGUCUCUGAUGUCGGUUUAUAUGAGGAAGAGGCAGUCAUCAGUUUUGCCACACUACUUGACAUCGAGGACAACACGGAUCAGGCCAUCUCACAGCUUAAGAAGCUUAACAGCGUCUCAUCUAACUGGCAUCUGGCUAAGAUAUAUCAGAGGCUCUCAGAUGAGGCUGGAAACGGUGUGGAGGAAACUCAGGAUAGGUGCACUAACUUUCUGCGGCAGUUCAGGAAAUACUUGAGGAAGAUCUGUCAGGCCAAUGCAGAGGACAUGGAGAAGUUACCCGUGUCUAUGGAGGAGGUGAUGGAUUUGUUGAAUGAAGUCAACCAGGAGCUUGGGGAUGAUGAAGAGACGGAUGAAGAUAAUUAUAGUCAUCCACUGACAUCUAGCCCCAGUCAGCUCCCAGAAGCACAUGUGAAGUUCUCCACACCUUCCCCAAACAAAAGCACCAUGUCACCUUCCAAAAGACCAGUGUUUUCACCCAAAACUCCACCUCACUGGGUUGAGGAUCAGAAGUCAGUCUUACAGAUGUUGUGUCAGCAGGUCGAAGCCUUGAAGAAUGAAGUUCAUGACUUGCGUCAUAAUUCCUCUGAUGCUACAGGGACUCCGUAUAGGAUGUAUGGAGACAGUUAUGCUGCAGAGGGACUUCAGGAACCUUUUACAGGAGCACAGACAUUCCAUGGUGUUCCCCUUACAGUUGCCACUACAGGUCCCUCGGUAUACUACAGUCAGACUCCGGCAUAUAACUCGCAGUACCUUCUGCGUCCUGCUACAAAUGUUACACCAACAAAGGGUCCUGUAUAUGGGAUAAAUCGGAUUCCUCCACCGCAACAUGUGUAUACCUACCAACAAUCAACACACACACCACCUCUUCAAUCGACACCUGCAUGCAUAUAUCCUCAAGAGCAGGUGUUUGGGGCUCCUAUUCGAUUUGAGUCCCCAGCUACGUCCUUACUCUCACCAUACAGUGAAGAAUAUUAUGGCCACAAUGUUCCUCAGCCUACAGCCAAUCCAUCGUUGCCUGAGCCUGGAUAUUUCACCAAGCCAUCUGUGGUUACAUCUGCCCAGCCAGCGAGAAGUGCUGAAACAAAACCAUUAGACCCCAAAAUGAGCUUUGGGCAGCAGUUCUCGGGUGACCCUCCAAGAAUUCCAAACUUUGGUGGUGUAGCUGCGGCCCCAUCGACCUCAGCAACAACUGCAUUCAAGUUCAACUCUAACUUCAAGUCUAAUGAUGGGGAUUUUACAUUUUCCUCUACCCAAAUGAAAAACAGUGAAAGUUUGUUGGGACUUCUGACAUCAGAUAUCCCCCCCAGAACUGAAGGACUGUCUGAACCAAAACUUCAGACCCAAGACCAGCCACCAAGCCAGAGUGAUGUUUUUAAUUUUGGGAGUAAAAAUGCCACAGGAUUUUCAUUUACUGAUUCUGCUCAGACCAAACCUAUUAUUUUCGGCCAAACUGAUGACACAUUCAAGUUGACAAGCGUAAUUAAGCCAAUAUUUGGAAACGCAGAGACACGGGAAGAAAAAGAAAAUGUAGAAAGUGAUAACGAGAGUAGCCAUGUGGAAGAGGAUGAGGACGGACCUCAUUUUGAACCAAUUGUGCCUCUACCUGAUAAGGUUGCUGUAAAAACUGGUGAGGAGGAGGAAGAGGAGAUGUUCUGUAAUAGAGCAAAACUCUUUCGAUUUGACUCUGAUACCAAAGAAUGGAAAGAGAGGGGCCUUGGCUGCAUCAAAAUUCUGAAACACAAAACAUCUGGGAAGGUUCGUCUGUUGAUGAGGAGGGAGCAAGUUCUCAAAAUCUGUGCUAAUCACUAUAUCACAACAGAUAUGGUCUUAAAACCAAAUGCUGGAUCCGACAAGUCCUGGGUGUGGUAUGCCAUUGACUAUGCAGAUGAAUCCCCAAAGACUGAGCAGUUGGCCAUACGCUUCAAAACUGCAGAUGAGGCAGCAUUGUUUAAAUUAAAAUUUGAAGAGGCUCAGACAUUUUUAUUAAAGUCCUCACAAAAGCAAAGCCAUCAACCUGUACCACAGGUGCCAAACAAAGACAUGGAUAUUAAAACCCGUUUUUCCAAAAAAGAGGGUGAAUGGGACUGCAGCGUAUGUUGUGUAAGAAAUGCACCCACAUCUGCAUCAUGUGUUGCUUGCAACAGUGCAGGUCCCUCUAUUCCAAAGGAUAAACCUCAAAAAGACAUGGAUAUAAAAACCCGUUUUUCCAAAAAAGAGGGCGAAUGGGACUGCAGCGUAUGUUGUGUAAGAAAUGCACCCACAUCUGCAUCAUGUGUUGCUUGCAACAGUGCAGGUCCCUCCAUGCUAAAGGAUAAACCUAAGGAGGUUGUAAAAGACUCUGCCCCUGUUGCUCCUUCUGAUAAAGUCUCUACUCAAUCAUUCUCUGGUGGUUUUGGAUUUGGCUCCAAAAUUGAGCUUUCUGCCACUCAGGUGGAAAAGUUGUCAAGCAGUUCGGCCUUUUCAUUUUCACUUCCAAAGUCUACCGGCGGUUUCAAGUUUGGCACUGCGGAAUCUGAGGCAAAACUGUCAGAUGGACCGUCACAAAAUAAAGCCUCAUCUAAACAUCUCAAAAAUAUUGCCGAACAACACAAAGAGAAAGAGAGGGCCCCAGUUUCAGAUCAGUUUGGUUUCAGUAAGGAUAAAACGGCAUUUGAAAGCUUCAAGUUUGACCCUUCUGCAACUCGGGUGGAAAAGUUGUCAAGCAGUUCGGCCUUUUCAUUUUCAUUCCCAACAUCUGCCGGCGGUUUCAAGUUUGGCACUGGGGAAUCGGAGGCAAAACUGUCUGAUGGACCGUCACAAAAUGAAUCUGCAUCUGAACAUCUCCGUAAUAUUGCCGAACAGCACAAAGAGAAAGAGAGAGCCCUAAUUUCAGAUCAAUUUGGUUUCAGUAAGGAUAAAACAGCAUCAGAAAGCUUCAAGUUUAAGCCUUCUGCAACUCAGGUGGAAAAGUUGUCAAGCAGUUCGGCCUUUUCAUUUUCACUGCCAGCACCUGCCGGCGGUUUCAAGUUUGGCACUGGGGAAUCGGAGGCAAAACUGUCCGAUGGACCGUCACAAAAUGUGAGUGCAGGUCCCUCUAUUCCAAAGGAUAAACCUCAAAAAGACAUGGAUAUAAAAACCCGUUUUUCCAAAAAAGAGGGCGAAUGGGACUGCAGCGUAUGUUGUGUAAGAAAUGCACCCACAUCUGCAUCAUGUGUUUCUUGCAACAGUGCAGGUCCCUCUAUUCCAAAGGAUAAACCUCAAAAAGACAUGGAUAUAAAAACCCGGUUUUCCAAAAAAGAGGGCGAAUGGGACUGCAGCGUAUGUUGUGUAAGAAAUGCACCCACAUCUGCAUCAUGUGUUUCUUGCAACAGUGCAGGUCCCUCUAUUCCAAAGGAUAAACCUCAAAAAGACAUGGAUAUAAAAACCCGUUUUUCCAAAAAAGAGGGCGAAUGGGACUGCAGCGUAUGUUGUGUAAGAAAUGCACCCACAUCUGCAUCAUGUGUUUCCUGCAGCAGUGCAGGUCCCUCCAUGCUAAAGGAUGAACCUCAGGAGGUUGUAAAAGACUCUGCCCCUGUUGCUCCUUCUGAUAAAGUCUCUACUCAAUCAUUCUCUGGUGAUGUUGGAUUUGGCUCUAAAUUUGCCAAGAAAGAUGGUCAGUGGGACUGUGAGGCUUGCUUAGUGAGAAAUGAUGUCACUGCAACGAAAUGCAUUUCUUGCAAUACCCCCUGUGCCGCUGCCAUGUUUGCCAAAAAAGAUGGACCGUGGGAUUGUGACGCUUGCCUGGUGAGAAACGAAGGUACGUCCAGCCAUUGUGUAUCAUGUCAGACAGCAAAACCAGGUAUUAAAAUCAAGACCUUUACUGCACCCAGUAGAAGUUCCCCCAAACAGUUAAGCACUGGGGAAUCGGAGGCAAAACUGUCUGAUGGACCGUCACAAAAUGAAUCUGCAUCUGAACAUCUCUGUAAUAUUGCCGAACAGCACAAAGAGAAAGAGAGAGCCCUAAUUUCAGAUCAAUUUGGUUUCAGUAAGGAUAAAACUGCAUCAGAAAGCUUCAAGUUUAAGCCUUCUGCAACUCAGGCGGAAAAGUUGUCAAGCAGUUCGGCCUUUUCAUUUUCACUGCCAGCGCCUGCCGGCGGUUUCAAGUUUGGCACUGGGGAACCGAAGGCAAAACUGUCUGAUGGACCGGCACAAAAUGAAUCCGCAUCUGAACUCCUCAGAAAUAUUGCCAAACAGCACAAAGGGAAAGAGGGGGCCCCAGUUGCAGAUCAGUCUGCAGACAGUGGCAGUUAUGGUGACAAUCCUUUAAUCACAGGCACUAACUCUUUCAGUUUUGCAGACUUGGCAAAGUCUUCGCAGGGUAGUUUUCAAUUUGGCCUGAAGGACCCCGAUUUCAAAGGCUUCUCAGGGGCUGGAGAGCAGCUCUUUACCAAGCAAAGGGCUGACACCUCAGCUGAUCAAGAUGAUGAGGAAAUGUACAAAACAGAGGAGAACGAUGAUAUUCAGUUUGAUCCAGUUGUUCAGAUGCCCGACAAGGUUGAAAUUGUUACCGGCGAGGAAGAUGAGAAAGUCCUGUAUUCACAACGUGUCAAGCUAUUUAGAUUUGAUACAGACACUAGUCAGUGGAAAGAAAGAGGGGUUGGCAACCUUAAAUUGCUAAAAAAUAAUCAAAAUGGAAGACUUCGAGUUCUUAUGAGGAGAGAGCAAGUGUUGAAGGUAUGUGCUAACCACUGGAUCACAACCACAAUGAACUUGAAGCCCCUCUCUGGGUCAGAUCGGGCCUGGAUGUGGCUAGCAAGUGACUUCUCAGAUGGCGAUGCCAAGUUAGAACAACUUGCUGCAAAAUUCAAAACCCCAGAGCUUGCAGAAGAAUUCAAGGAAAAGUUUGAGGAGUGUCAACAGCUUCUUUUGGAUAUUCCUCUGCAGACCCCUCAUAAGCUUGUGACCUCGGGCAGAACAGCCCAUCUUAUACAGAAAGCUGAAGAGAUGAAAACUGGUCUUAAAGACCUUAAAACCUUCUUGACUUACCAGAACAAGGAUGAUGAAAGAAAUGUUACGAGUAGCGAGACCUCUGAAAUUGUGGCGAAACCCGACUCCGAAAGCACUGGACCGACUUUGGAGUGGGAUAACUAUGAUUUGAGGGAGGAAGCCCAUGACGAAAGUGUGAACACCUCUCUGUGUUCUACUCCUCUGCGACCCAAUUUUGUUCCAAAAAAUUUAUUCCGUUUUGGUGAAUCGUCCGGAGGCUUUAAUUUCAGUUUCCAGCCUGUUCUUAGUCCCUCCAAGUCCCCAUCUAAGCUGAACCAGAGCCUGGGGUCUGUUGGCACAGAUGAUGAACAAGAGGCUUCUCAGGAGGAAGAGCGAGACGGGCAGUACUUCGAGCCUGUCGUGCCAUUGCCAGAUCUUAUCAAUGUCUCAACAGGGGAGGAGAAUGAGGAAGUUGUUUUUAGCCACAGAGCAAAGUUAUAUCGCUACGAUAAAAAUCUUGGUCAAUGGAAGGAAAGAGGUAUAGGAGACCUUAAAAUACUACAACAUUACGAAACCAAGCGCGUAAGACUCGUCAUGAGACGGGACCAGGUUCUCAAACUAUGUGCAAACCACUGGAUAAGUUCAGAUUUGAAACUUGAACCAAUGAAAGGAUCCGAUAAAGCAUGGAUCUGGAGUGCAUUUGAUUUUUCUGAAGGCGAGGGUAAGGUUGAACAGUUAGCAGUGCGCUUCAAACUGCAGGAGACUGCCACUGCUUUCAAGGAAAUCUUGGAAGAAGCAAAGGAUGCCCAGAAGAAACAAAGCCUUCUUGCGCCGUUUUCUUCUAGAGUACCUCCCACCACCAAAGAGACGCUCUGUGGUAUGACUGCAGUCGCUGUACUGGAGGAAACCACUAAAGAACGUACUGUACUGUCUGAAGAAAGCAGUCUGAAACACCUGGACAGGUCACCUGGUGCAGAACACAGUACUCAAAGCAUUAAGGCUGUGGUCUCUCCGCCAAAGUUUGUCUUUGGAUCAGAUUCUGUUCAGAAGAUCUUUGGGAGCCCUUCAUCAUCCAACGAAAAGUCUCCAGUUGUACAUCACUCAGAAGAUGAGCAAGUAACAAGUGCCUCAAGACUAAAGCCCAUUGAACAGGCUGUAACUGAUCAGCCAUCUGUUGUAACUCCAUUCAACGUACCAGCAAGAGGUUUGGAUUUUAGGCUUUUCAAACAUAAUCCAAUGGCAUUUUGGACCUGCACAUCAGCCACCCAGUUUGAUGCUCAAGUUUCUCCUCAGACCCCUCAUGAUGUCUGCGACGAUGUCCAGAUCAUAUUUGAGCUAAAGCCCACAAAAGAACAGGCUGAACUGGCUGCCAGACUCAUGCUUCCUAAAACCUUUUUCUGUUACAAAAAUAAGCCGGGAUAUGUCAGCGAUGAAGAUGAGGAUGAUGAUGAAACUUUUGAAAGCGCAGUGAGGAGUCUGAGAGGAAAACUGUAUCCUGCUGGAGCCGAAGGAACUUCUGAUCAAGACUCUGACUGCACUCUUGUGUGGGAGAAAAAAGCGACUCCAGAGGAGGAGGAGAGAGCUCGACAGCUCCUGCUGCCGCCGGCCUUCCUGUGUGGAGUCAGCAGCGACUCUGAACCGGAGGCCGACAAACAGGAAGACUUUAUCACUGAGCUCCAGAAACUGCAGCAGCUUCAGGUCAAGCAAAACCCUUCCCAUGAUGCUGCGGUUCUUAGCGUUGAUGAUGUCAGAACCGAUCGCAGUGAACCGGAGCAAACGAUCACAUCGACCUCUGAUGCCAGCUGCCCCAUCGACCUCUCCAGCAAAAGGAGCAGCGAGCAAGACUCCGGCACGGGAUCGACGGCUCCCUUCAGCUUUGCGUCUGUCGGCGGAUUUUCAUUUGCAGACUUGGCAAAAGGUUCAGGCGAUUUUGCUUUUGGAAAAAAAGAUGAACAAUUUUCCUGGGCGAAUGCGGGAGCUGCAGUAUUUGGGGGAGCUCCAGAGCGAGAUACAGCACACAAUGAAGAGCACAGCGAUGAAGAAGAGCCUAAAAGUGAUGAGAUCCACUUUGAGCCGAUUGUUUCUUUGCCAGAGGUGGAGGUGAAGUCUGGUGAAGAAGAUGAGGAGAUCCUGUUUAAAGGGAGGACCAAACUUUUCCGCUGGGACCGCGAUCUCGGCCAGUGGAAGGAGCGUGGAGUGGGAGACCUCAAAAUCCUCUUCCAUCCAGUAAAGAAGUGCUACCGUGUACUAAUGAGACGAGAUCAGGUCUUUAAAGUGUGUGCCAACCACACCAUUACCACCAACAUUGAGCUGAAGCCCAUGAACACCUCGGCCAAUGCGCUGGUGUGGACAGCCACAGACUUCACAGAGGGAGAUGCUAAAGUUGAGCAGCUCGCAGCCAAGUUCAAGACUCCAGAACUGGCCGAGACCUUCAGACGGACGUUUACGGACUGCCAGAGUCGCAUGUCGCAGGCGGACUCCUCUCAGAUGUCCGUAGCCGCUGGACUUUCUAGAGACGACAACCCUGUGGUUUUCUUCAGCAUCGCUGUAGACAAUGAGCCGGUCGGACGGAUCACGAUGGAGCUUUUCGCUCACAUUGCUCCUAAAACGGCGGAGAACUUCCGAGCUCUGUGCACUGGGGAAAAGGGCUAUGGUUACCGUGACUCUGUUUUCCACCGGAUCGUUCCUGACUUCAUGUGUCAGGGCGGUGACAUCACCUACCAGGAUGGUACCGGAGGAAAAUCAAUCUACGGAAAUAAGUUUGAAGAUGAAAACUUUGACGUGAGGCAUACAGGUCCAGGUCUGCUGUCUAUGGCCAAUCGUGGAAGAGAUACCAACAGCUCUCAGUUCUUUAUUACCUUGAAAAAAGCAGAGCACUUAGACUUUAAGCAUGUCGCGUUUGGCUUUGUCAAAGAUGGCAUGGAUGUGGUUAAACGGAUGGGAGAACUGGGCACAAAGGAAGGCAAACCCAGUAAAAAGAUCACUAUUAUAGAGUGUGGACAAUUGUAAGCUUUUUUACAUUUUUGUUUGGCAUAUUGAGAUAAAUACAGAAUUUGUCAUUUCUAAACUAUUGUUUGAGAGUGAGUUUACCUGUAUUUGUAGGUGUUUUAUUUACUUCCUUGUUUCAUUGUUCAUGUAUCAAUAAAGUUGCGGCACUAGGACCCAGUGGAGUUCAGCAAUAGUUUUAUUCAGCUUUUGUACAAAAAGAACUUAAACACAAUACAUGCUGUUAACUUACCAUGUUCAGGCUCGCAAAAACUUGAUGUUUUUUUUAAAUCAAGUUUCUUUUUUUUGCUCUACAUGGAUUCUGUGUUUAGUCCCCAUUUUCUUUGUUUCUCUGAUCAAGAAACCCCUGAUGCUACUUUAUUUUUUGCACUUGCAUCAAAUAAAAAUUUGUCGAUUUGCA